AACCGUGCCAAUGCUCCAAGCACAAUAAACAAAGAAAGAAGCCAUGAGCAAAUGAUGCACUCACAAAAGACGAAAAAACAAAUCGACAAGUCCCAAAUGAAGCGCCUAUAUAUACCAAAUUAAACACACGGCAACAACGCAUACUGAACACAUAUCAGCAAUAGACAUAGCAAGCAAGAAACCAAGCAUCGCAUUGUCCAUACCGUUGCAUGCAGACAUGCGUUGCCCGGCCAUGAUGAAGAGGAGCUCGACGGCGGCGGCUGUGUUCUUGGUGCUCGCCAUCGCCUGGCCGCUGCUGACCUCGGCGCAGUCGGCGCCGAGCAUGCCGCCUCCGGCACCAGCACCGGCGACCAACAACUCGCGGCUGGAGAAGGCGUACGUGGCGCUUCAGGCGCUGAAGCGCGCCAUCACGGACGACCCCAAGAAUCUGACGCACAACUGGUGCGGGCCCGACGUGUGCAACUACUUCGGCGUGUACUGCGCGGCGGCGCCCGACGACCCGUGCCAGCGCACGGUGGCCGGCGUGGACCUCAACCACGGCGACCUCGCCGGUACGCUCCCAGAGGAGCUGGGCCUCCUCUCCGACCUCGCCGUCUUCCACCUCAACUCCAACCGCUUCUGCGGCACCCUCCCCGAGUCCCUCAGCUCCCUCCACCUCCUCUACGAGAUCGACGUCAGCAACAACCAGCUCUCCGGCCAAUUCCCGUCGCAGUUCCUCUGUCUCCCGAACGUCAAGUACGUCGACCUCAGGUAUAACAACUUCUGCGGCGAGGUGCCGGCGGCAGUCUUCGAUAAAAAGAUCGACGCGCUGUUCAUCAACAACAACAACUUCGAGUUCACGCUGCCGGAGAGCUUCAGCAACUCGACGGCGUCGGUGAUCGUGUUGGCCAACCUGCCGCGGCUCGGGGGAUGCCUGCCGAGCAGCAUCGGCGACAUGGCCGGCACGCUCAACGAGCUGAUACUCCUCAACAGCGGCAUCUCCUCCUGCAUCCCGCCGGAAAUCGGCAAGCUGGACAAGCUCACCGUGCUCGACCUAAGCUUCAACAGCAUCGCCGGCACGCUGCCGGACACCAUCGGCAACAUGCACGCUCUGGAGCAGCUCGACGUCGCGCACAACAGGCUUUCCGGCGAGAUACCCGAGAGCAUCUGCGAGCUGCCGCACCUCAAGAACUUCACCUACUCGUACAACUUCUUCUGCGGCGAGCCGCACCGGUGCCUCGAGGUGCCGCGCAUCGACGACCGGCAGAACUGCAUCGCCGGACGCCCCGACCAGAGGUCUGGCGAGGAGUGCAUCGCUUUCCUGCACCAGCCACCGGUGCACUGCGACGCCCAUGGGUGCAUCGCGCCACCAUCCCCGCCACCGCCACCCCCGCCGGUGCAUGCGCCUCCGCCUCCGGUAUACUGAUCUGUGGUAAUACUAUAACUUGUAAUCGUUUGCUGGCAUAAUGGUGUGAGAAUUUAAGGGUAAAUGCAUACGAAUGGUACAUACUGUAAUCUUUUUUUCUUUUACUUCAACAUACUGUGAUCUUUAUUUGUCAACAAAAGAAUAAUAAUGGUUUGGUAGA